CUACUUCCUUGAGUCUCUUUGUUUCAUUUUUGAUUGUAACAUAUCUCAUUUUACGUAUGUCAAUAAAAUCAAGGAGAAGUGUGAAUAAUACAAAAGUUAAACCGUUACAACUAAAUAUAAAUAAAAGAAGUGUAUGUGUAACAAACAUAAAUACAUGAUAAAACAAAGAAAUUAAUAAUUAUUUUCUCUAUUUUUUCCCAUAAAAACAAUAAUUUCCAAAAAAAAAAAAAAGCUUUACAAAUAAUGUACUCCGUUUAUUUCUUUCUAAGAAAAGCAAACAUUUUUUUCACACUACAUAUAUAAAUAUAUUCCAGUAUCCCACACAAGCGCACAUCAUAUCAUUAGUGAUAUUUCCCGAAUUCCUUAUUUACGUGAUUCUUGUACGGAGUAGUUGAUUUCAACUUUUGCCCAAACUGCUCUCCGUUUCUACCUCCCUUAACAAUAUAUCUAAUCUAAAACGUAAAAAGUGUGAACUUGUAUCUCAUACCACUACCCCUGCCUUACGUGGCUAGAUCCACCCAUAUAUGAAGUACAAGUACAACUCAAUGUUUAAAACAACCAAAGAAAAAAAUUGUAGGACCAAUUGACAGUCCAAAAUUCUUAAACACCCCUUGAAAUAGUUAAAUGAACAUAAAUACAAUUCUGAAUUCUGAAAUCAAUUAAAUUGAAUGAAUGAAUUGAAUCUCAUCAUCCAAUUCAUUCCACACAUUUCUCCGCAAUUGUUUUCCACGCUGCUGACUAGUGGUGGGUGAGAAGCUGUUACUUUAACAAAAAAAAAAAAAAAAAAUAUACUGGGCACUUCACAUUUAACACCAAAGCAUUUAAUUUUCUUCUAAUUUUUUUUAAUAAAAACUGUCAAAUAAUUUAGAAAAAUAAAAAUGAGAGAAAAAAAGUAUGAAGAGAAUUAGUAGCAAGAAGAAGAAGAAGAAGAAGAAGAAGAAGAAGAAGAAGAAGAAGAGAAGAGGAGAGAGAAAAUGGUGGAUGAAGUGCCAGGAUCAUUGGGCACCAGCGCAAGCUUAGCUCUUCGAUUUGGUCAAAUAAUGUUUUCCUCUGCUUCCCUCUUUUUCAUGUGCCUUGAUGUUGAUUUCUAUUCCUAUACUGCUUUUUGCUUCUUAGUAACGGUUAUGGGUUUGGUGAUUCCGUGGAGUAUGACAUUGGGGCUAGUUGAUGCAUAUUCUGUCUUUAUUAAGAGCCCUUCGCGUCAACCUGGAGUAAUGACUGUAAUUGUUGUAGGAGAUUGGGUUUUGUCAUUCCUUUCGCUAGGAGCAGCUUGCUCAUCUGCAAGUGUUGCACAAAUCAUGAUUGCUGAAAGCAUUCCGGCGUGUCCUGUUAAAAUCUGCAGUAGAUAUUCUCUUUCUGCUGCCAUGGCUUUCUUGUCUUGGUCUAUGUCUUUUGCAUCAUCUCUCUUAAACUUAUGGAUCCUUCCUAAAUUAUAGUUAAUUGUAUAUAUUCCGUAGUACGAAGUAGUUUUUUUGGUGCUAAAUUAUACAAAUAGAAAUGUUUAAAGAGAAAGAAAGAAGAUGGCUACCAAAAUUUAUGGUGGUAUAGGCUUCUUAGCAUGAUUGUGUCUUGUAUACUGUACAGACAUUUAGAUUGAAAUUACAAUUAUUCUUAUAAAUUUGAAUUUUAUUUUA